AUGUCCCUGCUGGAGCGCCGAUUGUACUUCGCGGCCAGAGCUUGCGGGCCGUGCAAUGCUGGCGGGAACCUCUGCUUCCCGCUGGACGGCGUGACCAGGCUCCUGGCCGCGUUGGCGGAGCUGGACGUCGACGCGGCGUGCCCGUCGAGGCUGCGGCGCUGGGAGAUCGCCGGCGGCGUCGCCGACGCGG